GCGGCGGGAAGCUGGGGGAGGGGUGAGGAUGGAGGGAGCCUGGUCCAGGAGACUGUGUCGGACACGGUCCGCCGGCCCGGGCUGGACUGGGCGGAAGCGGGGAGUACUGUGGGGCCGGCGCCUUUUCCUCUGCCCCGCCCCCUGGGACCACCUCCCCUCCCCCCUGCUGUCCGGUGGCCGCGCUGUGGCCGCCGGUGGCCGUUAGGCUACCUGAGGCCGUUCCUUCUGGUCUCUCUCUCCUGGGCCGCGGAGAGACCGUCUCCCUGCCGUUACAGCAGGCCCCAUCCCAGCGCCCAGCCGUACUUGGGGAAAGGCCGGUUGCGAUUCCGGGGCUUUCCCGCCAGAGCAGGGUCUUCUCUGGGGAGAGCUGUUUUCACCGGGAAGCUCGGCUUUCUGUGGUACCGGCUUCAUCUCCCGCCUUCCUUGAGACCCGAGUGAUAUUUCUUGACUACUUCUGCGUCUCACGUAAACAUUUCUCCAACUCUCCUACUCUGUGGUAUCUCCCUGAGAUGUGAUAUCGCUAGUGCCACCAUCAGAAAGAAACGUCUGGACCCUCCUGCUCAGGUUAUGAAAAUCCCCUUAACUGCCACAAUUUGCUUACCUGGCUCAUCGCCUCCUGGACUUUGUAUCUUUGCUAAAGUCAGUGAUGUGAAAAGACUUGAAAUGGAUGAUAUUGCUGAUAGGAUGAGGAUGGAUGCUGGAGAAGUGACUUUAGUGAACCACAACUCCGUAUUCAAAACCCACCUCCUGCCACAAACAGGUUUUCCAGAGGACCAGCUUUCGCUUUCUGACCAGCAGAUUUUAUCUUCCAGGCAAGGACAUUUGGACCGAGCUUUUACAUGUUCCACAAGAAGUGCAGCUUAUAAUCCAAGCUAUUACUCAGAUAAUCCUUCCUCAGACAGUUUUCUUGGCUCAGGCGAUUUAAGAACCUUUGGCCAGAGUGCAAAUGGCCAAUGGAGAAAUUCUACCCCAUCGUCAAGCUCAUCUUUACAAAAAUCAAGAAACAGCCGAAGUCUUUACCUCGAAACCCUAAAGACCUCAAGUGGAUUAUCAAACAUUCUUGCGGGAAAGUCAAACCAUCACUGCCAUGUAUCUGCAUAUGAAAAAUCUUUUCCUAUUAAACCUGUUCCAAGUCCAUCUUGGAGUGGUUCAUGUCGUCGAAGUCUUUUGAGCCCCAAGAAAACUCAGAGGCGACAUGUUAGUACAGCAGAAGAGACAGUUCAAGAAGAAGAAAGAGAGAUUUACAGACAGCUGCUACAGAUGGUCACAGGGAAACAGUUUACUAUAGCCAAACCCACCACACAUUUUCCUUUACACCUGUCUCGAUGUCUUAGUUCCAGUAAAAAUACUUUGAAAGACUCACUGUUUAAAAAUGGAAACUCUUGUGCAUCUCAGAUCAUUGGCUCUGAUACUUCAUCAUCUGGAUCUGCCAGCAUUUUAACUAACCAGGAACAGCUGUCCCACAGUGUAUAUUCCCUAUCUUCUUGUACCCCAGAUGUUGCAUUUGGAUCCAAAGAUUCUGGUACUCUUCAUCAUCCCCAUCAUCACCACUCUGUUCCACAUCAGCCAGAUAACUUAGCAGCUUCAAAUACACAAUCUGAAGGAUCAGACUCUGUGAUUUUACUGAAAGUGAAAGAUUCCCAGACUCCAACUCCCAGUUCUACUUUCUUCCAGGCAGAGCUGUGGAUCAAAGAAUUAACUAGUGUUUAUGAUUCUCGAGCACGAGAAAGAUUGCGCCAGAUUGAAGAACAGAAAGCAUUGGCCUUACAGCUUCAAAACCAGAGAUUGCAGGAGCGGGAACAUUCAGUACAUGAUUCAGUAGAACUACAUCUUCGUGUACCUCUUGAAAAGGAGAUUCCUGUUACUGUUGCCCAAGAAACACAAAAAAAAGGUCAUAAAUUAACUGAUAGUGAAGAUGAAUUUCCUGAAAUUACAGAGGAAAUGGAGAAAGAAAUAAAGAAUGUAUUUCGUAAUGGGAAUCAGGAUGAAGUUCUCAAUGAAGCAUUUCGCCUGACCAUUACGCGCAAAGAUAUUCAAACUCUAAACCAUCUGAAUUGGCUCAAUGAUGAGAUCAUCAAUUUCUACAUGAAUAUGCUGAUGGAGCGAAGUAAAGAGAAGGGCUUGCCAAGUGUGCAUGCAUUUAAUACCUUUUUCUUCACUAAAUUAAAAACGGCUGGUUAUCAGGCAGUGAAACGUUGGACAAAGAAAGUAGAUGUAUUUUCUGUUGACAUUCUUUUGGUGCCCAUUCACCUGGGAGUACACUGGUGUCUAGCUGUUGUGGACUUUAGAAAGAAGAAUAUUACCUAUUACGACUCCAUGGGUGGGAUAAGCAAUGAAGCCUGCAGAAUACUCUUGCAAUACCUAAAGCAAGAAAGCAUUGACAAGAAAAAGAAAGAGUUUGACACCAAUGGCUGGCAGCUUUUCAGCAAGAAAAGCCAGGAAAUUCCUCAGCAGAUGAAUGGAAGUGACUGUGGGAUGUUUGCCUGCAAAUAUGCUGACUGUAUUACCAAAGACAGACCAAUCAACUUCACACAGCAACACAUGCCAUACUUCCGGAAGCGGAUGGUCUGGGAGAUCCUCCACCGAAAACUCUUGUGAAGACUGUCUCACUUAGCAGACCUUGACCAUGUGGGGGACCAGCUCUUUGUUGUCUACAGCCAGAGACCUUGGAAACAGCUGCUCCCAGCCCUCUGUUGUUGUAACACCCUUGAUCCUGGGCCAGGCCCUGGCGAGAUGCAUUCACAAGCACAUCUGCCUUUCCUUUUGUAUCUCAGAUACUAUUUUUGCAAAGAAACUUUGGUGCUGUGAAAGGGGUGAGGGACAUCCCUAAGCUGAAGAGAGAGACUGCUUUUCACUUCUUCAGUUCUGCCAUCUUGUUUUCAAAGGGCUCCAGCCUCACUCAGUCCCUAAUUAUGGGACUGAGAAAAGCUUGGAAAGAAUCUUGGUUUCAUAUAAAUUCUUGUUGUUAGGCCUUACUAAGAAGUAGGAAAGGACAUGGGCAAAAGGUAGGGAUAAAAACCACCAGCAUAUACAUGGACAUACACACACACACACACACAAACACACACACACACACAAUUUUCACGAUGUAUGGUCAGGAAUGUGACUGUAAACUGGACUUUGGGGCCCAGGCAUAAGUCCCUUCCUCCAGGACCUUUCCUAUUUAUAUGUCCCUAUACAAAAUCCAUCUGCUUUUAUACGUAGCUGUUUUAUCAUCUGUAGCUUCAUCCUAUCCGGAGGCACAGCACAUGAGCCCUGGACAGGUCCCAAAGUUCCAAGCAGUCCUUUCCGUUAAAGCAGGGGUUUGCAUUUGCUACCAACACAUGAUACGGGGAAGACCCACCCAGGGAGCGGUUUCAGUGGCGCAACAAAGCACCACUUUUACUGUUGCCUACUUCUGACCAAGAAGAAAAAGGACCUUAGUAUUUAGCAUAAAAUUCCAGCGCUGGAUGAAUGCAGAUCUAGUUUGGUCUGUGGCUAGUUUAAAUAUGUUUCUAACCACAGAGAAUUUCAUAUAUAUAUAUACAUACAUAUAUACACAUACAUAUAUAUAUAUAUAUAUGUAUGUAUAAAAUUUCACAGGGAUAUGCUUUUUUUUUAAAAAAGACUGAAUGUGUUCACCAUUUAGCCUGUAGAUUUAUUUCCAUUUUCCAAAUUCCAGCACACAGAGAUCCCAGCCCCUAUGAGUAGGGUGUUUGUGGACUACCUAAUGGAAUAUUUUGAGGCCUGGAUGAACUUUGCCAUAUGGGUAGAGGUUACAGAGGGAGGUGAUAUUUUCAGCUAAAAAAAAAACAGGUGGAGUUUGGACUGAUCAACUUGAGAUUUAAAAACUGCUAUUCCUUUUGUUCUUUCUAGCAUCUCUCCCCACCCUCUGAGAGCUCCUCAGGCUUAGAUAGUGAAGUGAUCAAAUGCCAGUGUCAUUUUGUACUUAAGUUCCAAAGUAGGAACAUUUUAUACUUUUUUCUGUAUUGUAAUAGGUAGUUUUGUAUGAAAUCUUUUCUCCUCUCCCCUUGUACCGCAUUCUUUCCAGCAUUGUGCUUUUUCCCUGGGCUUAUUUGAAAAUUUUACUGUUUUAUACAAGCUCGUUUAGUACAUUUUUCUAUGUUUUACCACAAGUUACAAUUUGAAAAGAAAACUAUUUAAAAAAAAAAAGAAAUUAACUUCUUUCAUUGUGCAAGCAUGAGACCGCACUCCAUAAGAUAAUCUAUAUUUGAACACUUUACAGCUCUGGAGGGUAGAUUUUAAAUAUUAGAAAAAUGAGGCUCAGAGAGGUGAAAUGACUUGUCUACAUAACCUUGUACAUAGGAUGCUGAGUCAAAACUAGUUUCUAGAUUCCUAAUUCUCUGCAUCAUAUGCUUUUAUAUUAUAGUACCAUAUAAGGUAGUAAAUGUCAUUCAUUCAUUUAUUAAUUUACACAAACGUUAACUGAGUGUCUACCCAAAGCCAGGCUCAGGCCCAGGGGAUAGAGAAGUGAACAAAUGAAACAACAAUCCCUUCCCUUAUGGACUACAUUUGAGUGGGUAAAACAGAAAAUCAACAAGAAAGGCAAGCAAAUAUAAGUCAGAUGGUGGUAAUUACUAUGAAGAAAAGUAAAGCAGGAAGGGAGACAAGGCUUUAGACAAGGGGAGACUGUAAGUUUAAAUAGGCUGGUUAGAAAACCCUCAUUGAGAAAGUGGCAUUUGAACUAAAAUUUGAAGGAGAUAAGGGGCUGGAUAUGUGCGUAUCCACGAGGAGAGCAUUCUGGGAAGGGAAACAAGUGCAAAAGCCCAAACGUGAGAGUGUGUCUAGCAUGUUCAUGGAAAAGCAAGAAAAGCAGUGUGGCUGGGCUGAAUGAGCAAGGAGGAAAGCACUAGGAGGUGAAGCCAGAUUGUGCAGGGCCCAUUUGGUUUUACCCUAAGUGAGGUAGGAAGCCAUUUGCAGGUUUUGAGCAGAAGUGCAGCACAAUCUCAUUGGUUGCCAUUUGAGAAUAGUCUGGAUGUACAAUGGCGAAAGCAAUAAGACUGGUUAGGAGUUUCUAAGGAUGGUCAAGAUGAAAUCUAGGAGGACAGACUGACAGAGGAGAAGGGGUUGAUUAGUGGUUAAAUCCUGGAUAUUUGAAGGUUGAGGCAACAAGAUUUCUUAAUGGUUUGUAUAUGGGUGUGAGAAAAGAGGACAGGGUCAAGGAUAACUCCAAAGUGUCUUAAAAAAAAAAAACUUCGUAUAUAUUUAUUUAUGUGAGGCUUUUGUUGAUGGAAGACAUGAAAAUAGUUGAAUAGAUGUGGAUAUGCUUUGGAGAAUGUGAAUUAAAAUACAGAUUACAUGUAUGAAAAAGUCACUUUCAGGGAAGGAGGGCCUAUCUUGGAAGAUAGGCAACAGUUUAGUCAGGGUGAGAUAAACUGCUAUAACAGAACAAAAUCUGUAAUGUUUGAACAUAAUAGAAGUUUAUUUCUUAUUCAUCUGUAGACUAGGCUGGGUAUUCCAUGUCAGUGGGCUUCUCUCUUCCUUGUGGUGACUCAGGUCUGAGGUAUUUUGCAUCUUGUGGCUACCUCAAAACCCAGGGCCUUAUUGUCAUCUGUAUCCCACCAGAACAAGGGGAAAGAGAGCGAGGGAAGGCUGCCCUGCUUCUUCAAAGCCUCCAAUUGAAGGUGGUGCACUUUGUUGCUAUUCACACUUAAUUGGUGAAAACUGGUCACAUGGCCACACUUAGCUGUAGGUGCAAGACAUGGGGCUGAGAAAUUGUAUUCCUGGUUGGUAACUGCAUUGCAGCUACAAGUCAAUUACUGUGGAAGAUAGGAAGCACAGCAUGAGGACAACUCCUAUGUCUGCCACAGGCAGCCAUUCUCCAGAGCAGGUAAACAGGUUCCACAAUUUUAGAGAGAUGCAGCACGCAUAUUAAGGUGCUUUGUGUGUUUCUGGGGUCUUGUGUCCCUUCUCCUCUGAUUCUUCCCUUGGGGUGGGCUGUCCGUAUGUCUAACUCCAAAGUUUUUAGCUGAGCAGCUAAAUGAUAGAGAAACAGAUUUUUAGGAAAAUCAAGGUGUUCAGUUUUUCACAUGCCAAGUUUGAGAAACUACCUAAGACAUUCAAGUAGAAAUUGAACAGGCAUCUGGAUAAACAAUUCUGGAACUCACAGGAGAGACGUGAACUGGAAAUAUAUAUUUGAGAAGUCAGUAGCAUCUACAUGACAGUAAAUCUCCAAGAUUAGAUGAGGUCACCAGGGGAGGGGUUAUGGAUAGAGAAGAGGCCAGAGGAUGGAGCCCUGGAGCCCUCCAAUGUUUAGAGAUUAGGAAAACAAAAAAGGGCAGGCAGUGGAAUGCAAGAUUAACUUUUCCAAAGGCUGCUGAGUGCUCAGCUCUGAUGAAGACUGAGAACUGGCCACUGCAUUUAGCAGUGUAAAUGUCAUUGGUGACCUUGUCAAGUGUAGUACCAGUGGAAUGACAGAUUGCCUGACUGGAGUGAGCUUAGGAAUGAAUGGUGGGGAGUGGAGUGGGGGAUAGCAUAGUCAAUAGUCAGUUUUUAUGCAUUUGCCAUGACAUUUUGUAUGUAGUUAUUAUAAUCAUAUACAAAAAGUUUUAGUAAUUAUAUAAACCAUAUAAAACUAUAGGCCCUCUACUAUAGACUUAAUUCAUUUUGAAAAAAAUUCAUUCCAACAAGAUUUAUCUUAGAAAUGAGGAAACUGAUGGUUAAAGAAGUGAAGUAACUUGCCCAUGUUCCCAUGUGUGGUAAAGGGUGGAGCUGGAAUUUGAAUUCAAGUCUGUUUGACUCCUAGCCUUCACCCUUGACCACUGUGCUACUUUACCUUUAAAUAUUACAAUGAAUAGCCACCCACAUGCGAUUGAUUCUUUCUUGGGGUUAAAUACUAAAUUGGAAGAAAUAAUGCAGAAUGGCUAACAAAGAUCCACCCUCCUUAUUGGUCAAGUUAUUCUUAGUCUCUGGCAGGCAUGAUGGGCAGAACUAAACAGUAUUGUUCAUCAUUUCAGCUGUCAGCCAACUCACAGCAGGUCACUGUCCAUGAAGCCCUUUUCAAUAUAAAACGGUUUGAUGAGCCAAUUUUAUCAAUGCUGCUAAACUCAAAUAACAACUUCUAUCGCAAAGAAAUUCAGCUCCAUAGCCAUUAAUACAAUAGGAAAACUAGGUCUGCCUACAAGUUCAGUAAGCCAAGCAGAAGGAAAAGGAGUGGAUUUUUUUCUGACCUGGUCUUCUAUUUGCAUGAAAAGCCAUCCUACUUACCCUUCAGCAGAGAAGGGGUUGUAUUAAACUGGGCAGGACAAAUCUCAUAAUAACCUGUAGGCUCACUCCUGUUUCACACAGUCCAUUUAAUUUUGACUGGUAUUUUAAUUUACCCUCAGACUCAGCUAUUGAAUUCUCCAACACCCUGGCUUGAGUUCAGUGGAUAAGGCAAAGGUAACAUCCAACAGAAUCAUGAUGGAACUUCACAUGGUCAUAUGGCCAUCAGGAUAAAAACACGAGUAACAGAAGGCUCUGUUCUGAAAGCAUGAGUCGUAUAAUUCCAUUACAGCUUGGUCCAAUACUUAUGAAAGAAAAGUACUAAACUAUUAAAAACUUACGUUAAGAAUUGCUGAAGAAAAUUACAA